AUGGGGUGUGUGUGUGCGUUUGAUCUGCUGCUCUGGAAUGUUUGCUCUCAUCCUGAAACACUCCUGGGUUUUCCAUUUCAGAUCGCCCUUGCCAGUUUCUAUGAGGAUGGGGGUGAUGAGGACAUCCUGACCCUCCCCCAGCCGACACCCAGCUCUGUAUCCAGAGGCACUGCAUCCAGUGACCAUCGAGUAACGUCGUUUAGAGACCUUGUUCAUGCACAGGAGGAUGAUGAUGAAGAAGAAGAGGGACAGCGGUUUUAUGCUGGUGGCUCAGAGAGAAGUGGACAACAGAUUGUUGGUCCUCCAAGGAAGAAGAGUCCCAAUGAGCUGGUGGAGGAUCUGUUCAAGGGAGCAAAGGAGCACGGUGCAGUGGCAGUCGAUCGGACAGCCAAAAGCAGUGGCGAGAGUAGCAAGCCUAAACCUUUUGCAGGGGGAGGAUAUCGCCUUGGAGCUACUCCAGAGGAAGAGUCUGCCUAUGUGGCAGGAGAGAGGAGACAGAACUCUGUUCAGGAUGUGCACGUUGUACUGAAGCUCUGGAAGAGUGGGUUCAGUCUGGACAGUGGAGAACUGAGAAGCUACCAGGAUCCAUCCAAUGCCCAGUUCCUUGAUGAUAUCCGCCGAGGGGAAGUCCCAGCAGAGCUGCGCAGGUUAGCGCGAGGCGGGCAAGUGAACCUGGAUAUGGAGGAUCACCGUGAUGAGGAGUAUGUGAAGCCUAAAAGUGUCUUCAAAGCUUUUACUGGAGAAGGACAGAAGCUGGGCAGCACCGCCCCUCAGGUGUUGAGCACCAGCUCCCCAGCCCAGCAGGCAGAGAAUGAAGCCAAAGCCAGUUCUGCCAUUGCUAUUGAUGAGUCGGAGCCUGUCACCAACAUCCAGAUCCGGCUCGCUGAUGGUGGGCGACUGGUCCAGAAAUUUAAUCACAAUCACAGGAUCCGUGACAUCCGGCUCUUCAUAGUGGAUGCCCGGCCAGCAAUGGCAGCAACCAGCUUCGUCCUCAUGACCACUUUCCCAAAUAAAGAGCUGACUGAUGAGAACCAGACCCUGAAGGAAGCCAACCUGCUCAAUGCUGUCAUUGUUCAGAGGUUAACAUAAAGGAACCCCUGUCGCUACACGCCUGCUCGCAGUGCGCAUGCAUCGUCUCAGCCAUGCGUGCACCUGCAUUGUGCAAACACAGGCUCACAUCUACUUGUAGCUCUGGGUUCUUAGGUCUUGGUUGGACUCUUUUCUCUUUAGUUGCAUUUCCUAUGGUUUUUUUUUGUUGUUUUUUUUUUUUUUUUUUUUUGUUUGUGAUGAUCAGUGGACUUUAAAAUAAAUAAAGGAAACGAACCUGUUUUCAAAGGAGAUGCAGCCUAUUGAGCUACAGAUUCUCCCAGGAGAGUUCAGUUACCUUUGUGGAAUGUGUUUCUGUGCUCUUUAGAGGGGAAGAAGGUAAGGGGGAAGGGAGUUCCCAGGGAGCAGUUUCCCUCUGUGCCAAUCAGAUGCUCUUUGCAGUCUGUUACUCUUUCCUCUCUGGGGACUGCUGUGACUUUUUUUUUUUGCACGUUAAAUAUAAAGAUAAAAGAA